CCAGCAGGAAGGAGAGCUUGUUGCUUCAGGAACGGGGGACACCUGUGCCUCUCUGCCUCCUGGCCUCCCUCCUCUCCUGCUUCAGCAUCUGCCUCUGAUUCUGGACUGCCCUCUGCCACAGAUUCUCCCCGCUCACUAACUCCUGUUAUCCCUUCCGUUUUUGACAGUUCCUCUUCCCAGUCUUCUCCCUCGUUUCCUUCUUCCCACUCAUCAUCAUCCCACCCACCCCCCUCCCUGGGCUCUGAGCCUUCUUCCUUUCAGGGUUCCCCAGCUGGUUCCUCCCACCGUUCCUGUACGUCCAACCAGUCCCUGACACCUGGCUUAAAAGUUCCUAUUAACCUGGAGGCGGAUCAUUUACAGGAGGAUUUCCCCCAAGCAAUCGGAGACCAUGCCUGCAUGCAGCCAACCUAUCCUCUGCCCUUUUCAGCCCUCUUCUGGUUCUGGGAGAUCAGCAGGGAGGGGAGCUGAUCACAACAGGAGAGGAAGAAACCCGUCUGACCCAUCUCUGUCUCUUGCCCCCCCUACCUCCGAAUCUGGACUGCUCUCUGCCACAGACUCAUUAAGCCCUAUUACCUUUUCAGCUUCCAAUACUCCCUUCCUCCCAGUCUUCUUCCUCCACCCCUCCCUUGGUUCUGAGCCUUCUUCCCUUCGGGGGUCCCCCAGCUAAUUCCUCCCGCUUCCAACCUGCCUGUGACACGGCUCCAGAUCGAGAGGCCUGGAGGGUUACAUUUUCCCCUUGAAGCUGAGAUUCCUCACCCCUGAUCUAGCGAGACAGGGAAAUAUACCGAUGCCAACCAAGAAAGCAGCCUUAGGUAGGUCCAUUCAUUGCCAUGCGUUUACUCUGAGUAGGACUGAGUUGUGUGCCACCCCUGGUUGUUGUUGUUGUUUUUCCAAUCGCCACCUGCCAGUUUGAGGCUGAAGCAGAGGAAGAGGUGCUUGCCUCCUGUUGCUCCCAGCUCAACUCCUCCCUCUCGCUGAGGACAGGAAACAUGUCCAGGCUGUUUGGAGUUUUGAAACAGGAAAGGACGGCUGCCUACCAUCCUGGCUGGACCUGAAGAGAGCGGACUGUUUCUCUCUUGCCACCCUGCAGUUUAGCCAGAAGGCAGGAGAAGCUGGAAUGGACAAGGUGAGUGCAGAAGGUUUUGUUUUUUUGGGGUGCUGGGGGUCCUGAGUCUUCUCAGCCCUUUCCUCCUGCCACCGCCACACUCUUUCCAGAACGUCCUCGGUCGCUUCCCUUCUUGUCCAAGCAAGGAAAAAUGCAGGAACAACCCCAAUGACUUGGGAGUAGACCCGCCAAAACAAACAGGAGCCUCGGUUGUUGUUUUUUUGCCAUGUCCGCUCAUUACAACGGUCUGUCAGACCCUCCAUGGGUCCUUAUUUUCCAGGGACAAUCCUGCAUUUACAGAAGCCGUCCUGGUUUCUGAUUUGGUCCCAGAAUGUCCCACUUUUCCUUAGGACGUCCCUGUUUCCAUUGGAGAAAUGUUGGAGGGUCUGGAGUUAUGCAACCCUUGAGCCAAGGAGACAAGUCACUAGACAACCUUUAGAAGACAUCUGAAGGCAGCCCUGGAUAGGGAAGUUUUUCAAUGUUUCAUGGCUGGGGAAACCCAGUCAGAUGGGCAGGGUGUUAUUAUUGAAUAAAGGUAAAGGGACCCUCUGGGGUUGCGGCGCUCCUCUCGCUGUAUUGGCCAAGGGAGCCAGUGUACAGCUUCCGGGUCUUGUGGCCAGCAUGACUAAGCCGCUUCUGGCGAACCAGAGCAGCGCACGGUUACCUUCCCGCUGUAGCGGUACCUAUUUAUCUACUUGCACUUUGACGUGCUUUCGAACUGCUAGGUUGGCAGGAGCUGGGACCAAGCAACGGGAGCUCACCUCGUUGCGGGGAUUCGAACCGCCAACCUUCUGAUCAGCAAGCCCUAGGCUCUGGUUUAACCCACAGCACCACCCACUUUGAAUAGGAUUGAAUAUUAAAUAGGAUGUCCCUAUUUUCAUCAGAGAAAUGUUGGAGGGUCUUGCCUUGCUGGGACCCCACCUGCUCAGGCAACUGACGACAAUCCAUCCCCUUUUCCUUCUUUUUAAUGCACUUAAAUAGGAAGCGUUUCAAGGCAGGAUGCCUUGACCAGCAGGAUGCAAGGCUCCCUUUCCUGUUUUCCACAGGAACAAUGGACUUACUUGUCCCUACUAAAUCUCUCUUGCGCAUGAAAGCUCCUUAGCUCACCACAAAAGAUCGCUGAUCCCGACUUAAGGUCUGCAAUUGACCUGACGCCGGCUUGCAUUGUGCUCCUCUCCCUGUUCUGGAUCACAAACUCACCGCUGCCCUAUAAAAAACAUUAUUCAGAACAGCGGUUUGCACUACAUACCAAGGAAGGUAACAGCACGACAAAAUGCAAAACCGUAACCAUGAAUUGCACGUGGGUUUAAAAUCCAGUUAAAACCAUGUGGUUUCAUUCAUUUGGCAAAGUGGACAGACUUGAUCCGGGGACACCAGCUUUCCUAAGUCUCGUAGGAUCGUAGAGUUGGAAGGGACCCUGUUUGGUCAUCAAGUCCAACCCCCUGCAAUGCAGGAACAUGCAGCUGUCCAGGGAUCGAACCUCCAACCUUGGCAUUCUCAGCACCGCACACAACCAGCUGAGCUAUCCAGGAUAACAUUUGCACCCCCCUUGCGUAUUUAUUUAUCCCUAUUCAUAUCCCACUUUUAUAUCCUCCAAGGGGGUUCAAGGUGGCCUCUGUGGUUCUCCUUCCCCUCCCCAUUUACCCCCCCCAACAACCCUGCGAGGUAGGCUGAAAGAGGCAGUGACUGGCCACCCAUCAAGGUGGAGUGGCAGGAUUUGAACCCUGCUCUCCCACAUUCUAGAUCAGUGCUUCUCGAACUUUCUCUCGGCCAACUUUUCAGGAUAUAAAUCUGCUUGCACCACACCAAAUUUUUUACUGAUAAGAAAUACAUUGGAAGGCAAAAAGAAGCAAGUCCCAACAGUGCUUGGUUUGCAAUACAGAACACAACUACUUUAUAAACUGCCUCAGUCCAGUAUACCUGAAGGAGCGUCUCCACCCCCAUCAUUCUGCCCGGACACUGAGGUCCAGUGCCGAGGGCCUUCUGGCGGUUCCCUCGCUACAAGAAGCCAAGCUACAGGAAUCCUUUCCAAAGUAUAAUUAUAAACGAGCCUCUUACAUAUGUGUAGCUCAGUGAGAGACAUGAGCUUGCUUUUCCCAGGUAAUCUCAUUUAUAGGGUCUAAAUUUGAGACAAGCAAAGUCUCGUUUCCUCAUCAACGCAAAUAAGCCUUGAUAUUCUUGAUAUUUUUUUCCCUCCGAAAAUAUUUCAAAGCAUUUAGCAUCAUAUACAUUUUUUCUUAACAUACAAAGUUUCUUCUUCCCACCCAUUCCUUUCCUGAUGUUUGCUUUUAACUGUUCUUUUUAUUAGCUGUUUUAUAACGCACAUAUUUUUAAUUGUCUAAACCCCGCUACCGAUAAAUCUUUCAGUAAUCUUCUAUUUCAAAUCCCGCCAGCGACAUCCCAUAUGGGUGAUAAUUUCAUAGGUAAUCCAUUAGUGGUCUCCCUUCUUCCUUAAACAUUUUCAUAGAAUUGUAGGGUUGGAAAGGAUCCCGGGGGGUCAUCUAGUCCAACCCCUUGCAAUGCAGAAAUCUCUGCUAAAGCAUCCAUAACAGAUGGCCACCCAACCUCGCUUAAAAACUGCCAAGGAAGGAGAGUCCACCACCACCUGAGGGAGAUCGUUCCACCAUCGAACAGCUCUUGCGUCAGAAAGGUCUUCCUGAUGUUUAGUCACAACCUCCUUUCUUGUAGCUUGAAGCCAUGGGUUCGAGUCCUACUCUCCAGAGCAGGAGAAAAGAAACUUGUUCCCUCUUCCACAUGACAGCCCUACAGAUGUCUGAAGAUUAUGUCCUUUGUCCUUAUAUCCUCUUAAUUUGACAGUUAAUUUCACCAUUUCAGCCUAGUCCAUCAGUUUCACAAGCCAGUCCUCCUUAGUUGGUAACCCUAAAAAGUUAUUUUGGUACUAUACUAUACUACACAGAAAUGCUUAAAUGUUUAUUUGAUUGCCCUUGAAACUUCCCUCCAAAUUUGCCAUCCUCUCCUGCCACACACUGCAGCCUUUGAGAGCCAUUCUAACCACUGUACCGCGCUGCCUUGUCAGGUCUCUUCUUAAGCUCUUGUAAUAAUAGACUUGCAAGGUAAGGAUCUCCCCCAUUAUAUGCACGGGCCUUUCUGGAUAUGCGUGGUCUGCACCUGUUGAACUGCAGCCUGUCGCUGCCCCAUCCCACAACAGUACUGACAAUGUCCUUUCUGGUUUUGCUCACACCCCUGCCUUCUGGGAGCCAGGGGGACGAGGACCCUGCAGGCGAGAGGUUUGGGGGCAACACACCCGACGAAGGAGCAAUCCUCCGCUACGAAGAGCAUAUCACAGGGCUGUUGGUCACCAUCACCCGCCUCCAUGGCCAAAUUGAGGGCCUGCAACGGAGCAAGGCCAGGGAGGACGACGACCUGUGCUCUGACCUGUGCUCUGAGUACACGGCAAGUCUACCGCGAUGCUCUCUGCCGUUCCCAAAUCCAGCAGCGGCCCUGCCUCCUCCGGCAGCCCACCCUGAAAGAGACGAUCUCUUCCUCGAUGUCCACAGGGCCGUCACGUCCCUGGAGAACACCGUCUUUGCCCAUCGGAGCCGCCUCCCCAGCGCCAACGGCAAGCUGGAAGGAUGCAUGGAGCCCACGGAGGGCCUGGAAGAAAGCCUGAGGAGAUUCCAAGGAGGCGAGAAAGAUCCCUGGCCCCAGCCAGACCCGGAAUGCCAGGCUUUUGGAGCAGGGUUCCUGGCAGAUGGGAUGAGCAUCUACGAGAGAGAAAUCGCGUUGUACGAAGAGAGGAAUGCCGUGCUCCGUGAAGAGCUGGAAGGCAGGGACGGCGAACUCGGCAGAUCAAAAGCUGCCCUCUGCGCUUACCAGGAAGAGAGGGAUAAACUACAGAGGAAGGUCAAAGAUCUCCAGGGCGCCCUCUCCGAGAUGGAGGCACUUCCCUACGGAGCCACCAGCCCGGUCAGGGAGAAAGAGUCCUUGGGAUUUCAGGACCCACUUGUGGCAGCCCAAAACUUUGCCUGCUGUUUCCGCGGUUCCCCCAGUGCCUACCCUGUCUGCUGCCUGCACCCCGUGCAAGGCCCACCCCCUGAGGAGUCCCCCGCGAAAGGCAUGGAAGAUCAAAGGCAGGAGCUGCAUGGAUUCACCGAGAAGCUCCAAGGCCUCAACCGGCUCCUCUCGGCGACGCUGCAGGAGACCAAGGGGGACAUGGAGGGCAUUAGUUUGCUGCUGGGGCAACGGGAGUCUGAGGAGACCGCCCUGCGAUUGGCUGUCCAGUACAGUGAACGCUGCUUGGAGGCCUACGAGGUGUUGCUAUCCUUGACAGCAACAAAACUGCACCCUGAAACAGAGGCAGGAGGAGAGGAGGGAGGUCUGUGCCAUGUCAGGCGGUUGUCGGAGGUGAAAUCAGCAGGGUUGGGCGAAGCCUAUCGGUCUCUGCGACGUUGCGGCGAGGAUGUCUCCGGGGGGCCUGGUCUCAGCUGCUUGGAGCAGAGGCUCUCAGAGCUGUGCCAUUCGGAUGAGGGCGACAGGGAGGUGUUGCAGGGACACAUCCAGCGCCUGAGAGAGGAGCAGGCCUCCCUGAAGCUUCCAGAGUCAACUCCCGGAUUGGGAUCAGCAGCCAGAAUCAGCUCCCGGAUCGGGACCAAGGUGGCCGUGGUCCAGAAAGCCUUGCGGGAGACGCUUCCCUCCGAGGCGGCUCAACCCAGGAUGGAGAAGACGCGUUUGCUGCAGGAGUUACAGGAGGCGAGGGAGGCCUUGGGUGACCUCAACACCCGCUUGCACCUGGCGGAGAAGGAGAAGCAGAGGCUCAUGUUGCAGAUGUACACUUUCCGGGCUCAGGAAGCUGCCUGCCUGCUGAUGGCCCGGAUCCUGCAAGGGGAGCGCGAUGAGCUUCGCGGGCAGCAAACUGCGUCAACAGGAAGCAGCAGCAGUGGAGAGGACUCCUCGGAGGAGUUUGCCCCCAUCUGCACUUCCAAGAGGGACGCUCCCCGGUCGUCUGAGGGUGCUGGCGACGGCGUAGAGCAAUCCGGCGAGGAAGCGAAGAGGGAGGCGUUGAAGUUUCUUGACACUCUGAUGCAUGUAAAUGGCAGGAUCGAGGAGCUCAAAGAUCGGAUCAGCUCCCUCCUAGCUGAGCUGGAAGAGAGAAGCCAGGAUAGCAGAGCCCAGGAGGCGCAGCAGAUGGAGCUCACGAGGGACUUUUUCAAAGCACACAGUGCCCUUGUCCUCGCCUACCAGAACAGCCGCAAGAAGCAGGAAGCCCAGCUGCACCAACUGGAGACGCAGAUCGGUCUGAUGGGUCAACGGCAGGCUGGGCAGUUGCAGUCGCUGGUGCAAACCCUCCACAGGUUGGAGGGCAGAGCGGGCAGCCCAGCCUCCACUUAGCACAAGCCUUGCCCAGGAAGGAAGGGCAGGAGAGGAGGGGGGGAAACGGCAUCUAAACAUGUCCCUGUUUUCAUUGGAGAAAUGUUGGAGGGUCUGGAGUUAUGCGCCCCCCGAGAAGGAGAUAAGUCACUAGCCCAGGGGUUCCCAACAAAAUUUUCUCAAAGGACCCCUCAUCGAGCCGCUAUUGUGACAAGGACCCCCAUUAAUUCCUAAUCCUAAAAUUAAAAAGUGAGAGCCAAAUUAAGAGUCUUUUUAUAUUUUAUAUUUAUACUUUUUUUACAGUUCUUCCUCUUCAUCUGUAGGCCUUUGUCGUUUUAACGAACCACUUUUUAACCAAUGGUCCAUUUUUAACUACGUGAACUGUAGCUUCCGCGAAAAACAACGCUUUGUUUACAAACACUACUGUUUUGCAAAGAGGCAGCUCGCGCCAGGGGGGAGGGAGGGGAAUGGAGAAGACAGGGUACCUGCGCAGUAGCGCACAAAUGAAGCCGACGCGCGCAAAGCAUCUUGGGGAGGUGAGCAUUAGCAGAAUGCGCGCGCUGCCUCUUUGCAAAACAGUAGUGUUUGUAAAGCGCCACCUAACGGCAUACAGCAGAACUACUGCCUCUAUCUAAUUCUAGUUUUGUGCUAGACUCUGCUCAUGCAGGAAGCGGCCAAAACAAAAAAUCUGUUAUCAUACGAAAUAUAUUUAAUAUAUUUUUUAUUCUAAUAGCAUCUUGAGGACCCCUCUGGCAUAGCUCGCGGACCCCUGGGGGUCCCCGGACCACCUGUUAGGAACCACUGCACUAGACAACCUUUAGAAGACAUCUAAAGGCAGCCCUGGAUAGGGAAGUUUUGAAGGUUUAACGUUCUGUUUUGUUUUUACAUUUCUGUUGGAAGCCGUCCAGAGUGCUUGGGGCAACCCAGAUGGACAGGGUAUAAAUAAUAACAUUAUUAUUAUUAUUAUUAUUAUUAUUAUUAUUAUUAUUAUUAUUAUGGAGUUGUUGUUGUUUAGUCGUUUAGUCGUGUCCUACUCUUUGUGACCCCAUGGACCAUAGCACGCCAGGCUCUCCUGUCUUCUACUGCCUCCCGCAGUUUGGUCAAACUCAUGUUUGUAGCUUCGAGAACACUGUCCAACCAUCUCGUCCUCUGUCGUCCCCUUCUCCUUGUGCCCUCAAUCUUUCCCAACAUCAGGGUCUUUUCCAGGAAGUCUUCUCUUCUCAUGAGGUGGCCAAAGUAUUGGAGCCUCAGCUUCAGGAUCUGUCCUUCCAGUGAGCACUCGGGGCUGAUUUCCUUCAGAAUGGAUAGGUUUGAUCUUGCAGCCCAUGGGACUCUCAUGCAGAAUUCAUCAUGUGAAAGCCUGGACUAGAUGAAUCCCAAGCCGGAAUUAAGAUUGCCAGAAAUUAAUAUCAACAACCUCAGAUAUGCAGAUGACACAACCUUGAUGGCAGAAAGUGAGGAGGAAUUAAAGAACCUUUUAAUGAGGGUGAAAGAGGAGAGCACAAAAUGUGGUCUGAAGCUCAACAUAAAAAAAAACUAAGAUCAUGGCCACUGGUCCCAUCACCUCCUGGCAAAUAGAAGGGGAAGAAAUGGAGGCAGUGAGAGAUUUUACUUUCUUGGGCUCCUUGAUCCCUGCAGAUGGUGACAGCAGUCACGAAAUUAAAAGACGCCUGCUUCUUGGGAGAAAAGCAAUGACAAACCUAGACAGCAUCUUAAAAAGCAGAGACAUCACCUUGCUGACAAAGGUUAGUAUAGUUAAAGCUAUGGUUUUCCCAGUAGUGAUGGAUGGAAGUGAGAGCUGGACCAUAAAGAAGGCUGAUCGCCAAAGAAUGGAUGCUUUUGAAUUAUUAUGGAGUAGGAUUCCCCUAUUUUCAUCUGUGAAAUGUUGGAGGGUAUGACUUUACUACAAACGCUUCCCUUGUUUCCUGACGCAAAUGGAAGCAGGACGAUACAGUGGUACCUUUGGAAUCCGUUCCAGAAGUCCAUUCCAAAACCAAGGUGUGCUUUCCCAUAGAAAGUAAUGCAAAAAGGAUUAAUCUGUUCCAGGCUUAUAAAAACAACCCCUAAAACAGCAAUUUAACAUGAAUUUUACUAUCUAACGAGACCAUCGAUCCAUAAAAUUAAAGCAAUGUACUGUACUAUAAAAUAAAUAAGGCAGUAUUGUAGAUGAUAAAAAUUAAAAUUCUUUUUUUUCCUUACCUGCACUAUUGAUAGUCAUUGUUUGGAUGGGGGGCUUUUAUCCAUUUCCACAGUCACACAAUCCAUCAAUCAGUAGCUGAACUGGGUUGCACACAGUCACAAAAACGAAUGAACCAAAACGGCCUCAAAAACAAAAAUGCAAAAUAAACAGCAAAAACAAAAGCGCCAAACUUAAUCCGUUCUGGGAGUCCAUUUGACUCCUGAAAUGUUUGAAAACCAAGGCGCAGCUUCUGAUUGGUGCAGGUGCCCCGGAAACAAUAGCCGACAGCCGCAUCGGAUGUUCGGCUUCCGAAAAACGUUCGAAAACUUACUUCCGAGUUUUUGGCAUUUGGAAACCAAGGCGUUUGAGCACCAAGGCAUUUGAGAACCGAGGUACCACUGCAUAAGCCAACAAAGUUUUCCGGUUGGCAUCUGUCUCUAGAGGCAAUGGAGUGCGUCUUCAGGGGUGAAGCCAAACUGCUGCAUUCGCAGCACCGAAGGGCCCUCCCUUGGGCGCAAGCCUGGCCAGUGGGCAUGGAGGUCCUGGGCUGCCCAGACGACAAGACCUGCCUCUAGGGCUCACUGAUGUGGCCCAAAGAAAAGCAGGGCAAGACGUUUGGCACCAACUUGGCUGCAGGAGUUGCUGGAGGGAGGCAGACAAGGCACCCUCCAACCGCCUUA